CUUCUCCCACAUCUCGCUCCACCUUCCCCUGCACACAACCCACCACCGGAAUCCCCACCCGCCCUCUCGAAGCAGCAGCUAGCGAUGGCCCCCAAGGCGGCGGAGAAGAAGCCGGCGGCGAAGAAGCCCGCGGAGGAGGAGCCGGCGACGGAGAAGGCCCCGGCCGGGAAGAAGCCCAAGGCCGAGAAGCGGCUGCCGGCGGCCAAGACGGCGGCCAAGGAGGGCGAAGGCAAGACGAGGGGCCGGAAGAAGGGCGGCAAGGCCAAGAAGGGCGUGGAGACGUACAAGAUCUACAUCUUCAAGGUGCUGAAGCAGGUGCACCCGGACGUCGGCAUCUCCUCCAAGGCCAUGUCCAUCAUGAACUCCUUCAUCAACGACAUCUUCGAGAAGCUCGCCGGCGAGGCCGCCAAGCUCGCCCGCUACAACAAGAAGCCCACCAUCACCUCCCGGGAGGUCCAGACCUCCGUCCGCCUCGUCCUCCCCGGCGAGCUCGCCAAGCACGCCGUCUCCGAGGGCACCAAGGCCGUCACCAAGUUCACCUCCUCGUAGAUUCUAUUCUUUGUAGAAAUGUAGAUGGUUCUGUUACUUUUAGUGGUUGUUGACUCUGGUUAUCUGCAAAUCGUUCAAGUAAUAGUCAUGGAUGGAAGUUGCUGAA